UUAUACUUUGUUGUAGUUUAGCAUUAAAUAUAACAAAUUAACUAAUUUUUUUCAAUAAUCAUUCAAAUUUUCGCAUAGUUAAAAAAAAUAAGCUAGGUAUGAAACUGAACGGAUUGCAUAUUGGAUUAAUCAUAAAGUACAGUGUAUUUAGUUUUUUUUUGUGGAAUUAUUUAAAAAGUUGGAAAUGAAAAAUGAAAUAAUCAAGUAAUCGAUCACAAUAAUGUCAAAAAUAAAAAUUUAUCAGUAUAAAAUUAAAAAAAAAAAUGGCGAAGUGAAAAAAUCGUUUAAUAAGUUUAAUUGAAAUGAAAUUUUAUUCAAGAAGAAAAAACGUCAUUAAAGGAGCUAUAGUCAUAAAAAAUAAAUAAUUAACAUAAGAAGUGUUAUGUAGAUCUGUGAAUGAAUAAAAAAGUAGAGCGAUGUAUGGAGGUGGUGAACAAACAGUAUCCGAAGGUUGGAGAAAACCAUUGGAUUUAGUUACUACUGUGGAUCCAAAUGUUAGUUCGACUAUAGUUGACAAUGAACAUUUUUGCAAGCUAGUUUUAUAUAAGGAAAUUCAGAAUUCAAGAGUGAGAAUAUGGGACGCAGUGAUAUUAGUACCAAAUUUACUACUAUUAUUAUUUAUAGCAAUAAGAUUUAAUCGUGCUCGACUAAAAUUGAGAGCCACUAGCAGCCCAAUUUUUUUAGCAUUUUAUGGACUUGUAAUUUGUAAUGUAGUAAUAUCAGUGAUAAGAUGCGUUGUAUCAAUGACAGUAAAUGCUGCUGCUAAUAUUGGUGGAAAAGCUGAUAAAAUAUUGUGGGUCACAGUAAGAUUUUUCUUGUUAUCAACUGAAAUGAGUGUUGUCAUCUUCGGAUUAGCAUUUGGCCACCUUGAUAGCCGUUCAAGUAUAAGAAGAGUUUUAUUUGCUACGUCUCUUAUAGCUUUAACUUUCACAAUAACUCAAGGAACUCUAGAAUUAGUUUUACCAGACGAUACAUUUCAUAUUCCCAGCCGGGAUUUUUAUGUGUUUGGUCAUGGUGGGAUGAUGUUUUGGUUUUGCAGUAGUCUUGUAUUCACUUUAAUUUAUUUCUUCAUAUUGUUACUUCCGUGGAUAAGAUUGCGAGAUAAAUUAAACCUACCAACACGUAAAAGUUUUUACGUUUAUGUUGGCAUAUUGACAACUUUAAAUUUGGUCCAGUCAAUAGGAGCAGGUUUAUUGAAUUACUCACAAGAUCUCGUCGGAUUAUGUGUGAUUGAUGUAACAGCUGCGAUGUAUCUUACACUGUUUACUCCAUUGGUCUAUCAUACUUUCUUAUCUGAAUUUUUCGGUGUUUCACAGCCAUCUAUAAUGUUUUCAUAUAAAGCUCAAGUGGAUGACGCAAUGGAAGAUGAUAUUGUAUCAUUACCUUUCUCAUCACUCAAAACUGACAGCGACUAUAUUUAUCAGAAUCAUAGUGUAUAUGAUUCAACACAGUUUGACACCCAUGCAACGCCUGUCAAUCCACUUUACGCAGCCUCUCUACAAAGUCCUGAUAGUAUUACUGGUUACAGCAUAGGCAGUCAGGAAACUCACAUCCAUGUUAAUGGUUACCAGCAGUGAAGUUAUCAGUUUCAUUUUAUCUAUAAUUUAAAAACAUCGAUAGACGAUAAUUUUUAUGUUGUGGAUUACAUUUUAAAUCGCAAGUGUUUUUUUAUCUCGCGAAUGGGAGUAAUUUAAUUUUUGUAUAUUCUAGUCCUCAGUUGUAUUGAUUUCAUUUGUGAACAUUAUAUUUUUAUUAAAAAGUAAUUAAUAAUACUACAAAAAAAGGCUAGUUGUGUAA